AUGUUUCCUCAAUUCGCUUCCAGCUCUGUCCUUGCCUGUGCCCUCGUUUUGGCUCUACAGGCGGAGGCAGCGCCUCACCAAAUGCUCGAACGUGCAACAACCGAACUCAGCUUAACAGCUCAACUGCGACUUGCAGAUAGUGCUGCCGAACGCUAUCAGCUCUUGCCAAAGGAUGAAGACUUUGUCUUCGAUUUCAACAAAAACGCUGAACUUCCAUUGGCCAACCGCAAGAACUUCCCUGCUCUUACUGGCUAUGGCGCAUCUUUCAGUCUUUCGCAAUUGCCAGCAUGCAGCAUGAGCUUUGUCCACCUCCAUCCUCGUGCUACCGAGCUCUUUGCCAUCACCUCUGGCCGCGUGCUCUCCGAGAUGGUUCCGGAAGGAGGCGUGGUUGACUCGGAAGGCAAUCAGCGAGUCAUCAAAGCAGAAAUUAGCCAGGGCAUGUUGACCAUCUAUCCGGCUGGUUCAUUUCACACGCAGGUGAAUCCGGACUGUGAGCCUGCCAACUUCACGGCAGCCUUCACAUCUGAGGACUCUGGAAUUUCUUUGGUCGCGGAUCAAACCUUUGCUUUUAGCGAUGAUGUUAUCGCCGCAACAUUCGGGCAGAGCAUUGCGGGUGAGGAUAUUGAUAAAGUGAGAGAUGCUAUCCCGGGAGAUAUGUUGAUUAAGGUUGAGGAGUGCUUGACCAAGUGUGGCAAGCAGAAGCGUCAAGUGUGA